AUGAGGUUGCCAUACCGAGUAAGGAAAGAUGACAACAAAUACUACAAGUAUCACCGCGACUAUUGCCAUCAUACGGAUGAUUGCUACCAGCUCAAUGAGGAGAUUGAAGCAUUAAUCGGGCGAGGUAGGCUAAAGGAAUAUGUAACAGGAGAGCUUUUCUGCACUCUUAGAAAGGUUUUAAGGGAAAACCAACUUUUUGGAGGAAUGUUAGCGCAAGGCCAAUUGGAGAUGAAAGAUAACAUCUUGAAGUUCAAUCUGAGGGCCAACCCUGGCAGGGAACUCAAAUCGAGCCAUAAAAAGCUACACCAGGGUUACCGACAAGGGACUGCCGAGGUGAUGUCGAUCGAGUCAACCGAGCGCCCGCCUAAAACUCCCAAGAUAGAAUCUGAGCCGAUCACGUUCACAGAAAGUGAUACUAUGGGUAUCAAUUUUCCCCAUCACGACCCCCUGGUUAUCACCGUUGAGAUAGCCCAUUGCGAGGUAGCUCGAGUAUUCCUGGACGGGGGCAAUUCAGUCAAUAUCAUUUUUCUCAGCGUCUUCAGACAGCUGGGAGUUAGCGAGAAUCUUCUUGACGAACAAUGCCAUGCCUUCAUGGCUUUUGGUGGAAGGCACAUGCCCUUGACCUUGUCAAUAGGUGUACAUCCGAGAUACGCCACCAUUACAACGGACUUCAUCGUGGCUGAAUGUCCCUCAUCGUACAAUGUCAUCCUCGGCCGCCUCGCAUAG